GUUUUAUCCCAAUACCCGACGAUCCUGUUUGUUGUUUGUGAACUUUUGUCGCUUCAAUAUAUUCGCUAUUAUUAAAUUAAUAUUACUUAAAAGAAGCCAUAGAGUUUGGAAGUGAUGUGUGAUGUGGAGAUCGUGGUGCGCGAGGCGCGCGCGGCGGACGAGGCGGCGCGGGCCGAGCUGGUGCGGCUCGGGUUCGCCUCGCACCGGAAGGAUGCAUUCCUGCUCUUCUUCUUCCAAGAGUUGAUAUUCCAGGUGUGCGUGCUGGCGGGAGCGGUGCUGUUCAUCUUCUGCGGCGUGUCGGUGGCGGGCUGCCUGCUGCUGGCGCCGGCGCUGGCGGCGGCCGUGGCGCUGGGCGUGCACGUGGCGCACGCGGCCAACGCCGACAAACAAGUGCAGAACAUGCGCAAGGAGAUGAUGGGCUUUGUGGCUGAGCUCCGUGGACCUCUGUUAGUGAACCCAGAAAAAGUGUCGCCUGUGAUUGUCACGGAGACCGAACAUCAGCAAUCUAAACCCAGCAAAAGUGUACACACACAGGUGGUGGGGACAGUCAGCAUAUCCGAGUUCUGGGGGCCUCGGGAGAGCGGCUGGCUGCAUGCAUUUGCAGUACACCCAGAGUUAGUAUCAUUAUCGAUCUAAUUAAAGAAAUAAAACAUAUUUUAGCUCUAGUAUUAGUGGUUUCUACAGCUAGUUUCGACUUUCAUAGUUCACUGUAAUUAACCAUAUGUACAUAAAAAGCAACAAUAACAACACUGUUUGAAAGCUCUUCAUUCAUAACCUUUCUGAGAAGCGAUCAUAAACAUUAGGUUUGCGGCGAGUGACAUGCUGAUAAUAAAUCAAGGCCGUUUCUGUUUACGCGUCUAGUCGUCAAGCGGUUAAUUAAUUG